AUGUCAGCCCAACUCAAGUUCUGCCCAGAGUGCAAUAAUCUCCUCUACCCUCGAGAGAACAAGCGGGAAGUGGCAUUGGAAUAUGCUUGCAGGACCUGUCCCUAUGUUCAACGAGUCGUAUCAAAGGACGAUGAGUUAGAGAAUAUCAAUGCCGACGACUUAGUCGUUUUCAGGAAUGAUGUGUCUUAUCACCAUAAGGAAGCGUUGAUGAUUCGAAGUGACGUCAUCCACGACCCAACCCUUUCUCGGACCACCGAGUAUACUUGCAAUAACUGUCCCAACCACGAGGCUGUGUUCUGGCAGCUUCCAGAGAGCCAACAGACCAACGCCAUGGCGCUCAUCUUCGUCUGCACAGCAUGUACUGCUUGGCGAAUUGAAGGUAAGGAGUAG